GAAUGUGCACUCCAACGUUCUUAAUAUUUGCAUCCUGGUGGGUGGGACGUGAGUGCAGCCGCUGUUAUAAGGUCUAGUUUCCUGGUCCUGUGACGCUUCACCCUGUUUUCCUGCUCCUCACGGACUCACCAGUCUUCAGCACAGCUUUCUGCAUUUCCAGUCGGGAAAUCUUUCACUCUUCGCACAAUGGCAGCGAUUGGAAUCCGUGGUACAGUUACCGAGGCGCCUGGUUUCGACCCAGAGGCCGAUACCCAGAAGCUCAGAGAUGCCAUGAAGGGAGCUGGCACCAAUGAGGCAACCAUCAUUGAGAUCCUCGCACACCGUACUAUUGCCCAGAGGCAGCGCAUCAAAGAGGCCUUCAAACAAUCAGUUGGGAAGGACCUGGCUGAUGAACUGUCCUCAGAGCUGAGUGGAAACUUCAGGAGUGUCGUCCUAGGUCUGCUGAUGCUGGCACCUGUGUAUGAUGCCUACGAGCUAAAGACAGCAAUGAAGGGGGCUGGAACAGAGGAGGCUUGUCUCAUCGAUAUUCUGGCCUCAAGGUCGAACGCUGAAAUAAGAACCAUCAAUGCUUUCUACAAGAAAGAAUAUGAGAAAUCCUUGGAGGACGCUAUAAGCGGAGACACAUCUGGGAUGUUUAAGAGAGUUUUGGUGUCUUUACUCACGGCUGGCCGGGAUGAAAGCGACAAAGUGGACGAGGCCCAGGCUGUUGUGGAUGCCAAGGAAAUCUACGAGGCUGGUGAGGCUCGAUGGGGCACGGAUGAGGUGAAGUUCCUCACAGUGCUCUGUGUGAGGAACCGAAACCACCUGCUGCGAGUCUUCGCGGAGUAUCAGAAGAUUUCUGGAAGAGACAUCGAGGAUAGCAUUAAGAGGGAGAUGUCUGGCUGUCUGGAGGACGUCUUCCUGGCCAUAGUGAAAUGCUUGAGGAACAAGCAAGCAUUCUUUGCCGAGCGAUUAUACAAAUCCAUGAAGGGGCUGGGCACCACAGACAGUGUCCUCAUUAGAAUAAUGGUUGCUAGGGCUGAGAUUGACAUGUUGGACAUUAAGGCGGAGUUCCUGAAGAUGUACGGCAAGACUCUGUACUCCUUCAUCAAGGGAGACACGUCUGGUGACUACCGCAAAAUCCUGCUGGAGCUGUGUGGAGGCGAGUAAAAGAAACGUCAGAACAACAUCUGGCUCUGUCUUCACUCUGCAGACCACGUUAUGAGCUUUUUUUUUUUUUUUUUCCCCGUUGAUGACUUCCUUGCUCUUACCUUUUUCUUCUUCCAUGGCUUUCACAUUUCACCGAUUGACCGCAGUGCCUUGUUUUACUGUUUUGUGUUGUAAUACCAAUUAAACCAAAGAGCAGUGACCUUUUA